GAGGAAACUGUACAGCUAUUGAGCGGAUAGCUUACGAAAUAGCCGAACAACAGGCCAGAGAAGGUGUAAUAUACAGUGAGGUCCAUUAUCGACCUGCGAACCUGGCCAACAUGAUGAACAGCGAUGGUCUUACUAGUCUUGAAACUGUGACCUACAGAAUGGUGCUCGAACUCGUAAAGAAAGGGUUUCAGCGGGCAGAACAAGACUAUGGCAUAAAAGCACGUUCGCUCCUCAACUGUGGUAGAGAAAAUCCUGAUGAGGCUCGUGAGGUUUUGUCACUAUGUGAAGAAUUCAAAGACAAGUCUGUUGCUGGGAUUGGACUAAGUGAGCCUUGGCUUGGGCCAAAUCAGGAUUUGGAGGGAGAAGAGGGAUUAAGGAAGGAAGUGAUAGAAGUAUUUCAAAGGGCAGCACAAUUAGGAAUCCACAGAACAGCGCAUACAGGAGAAGCUGGACCUCCUAGUAGUGUUGAUAGACACGUGAAAUUCCUCCAAUUAGAAAGAAUCGGUCAUGGGUACAGGGCUGUCGAUGACGAAGUACUCUACCAAGACCUACUGAAGAAGGGUAUUCAUUUUGAAACGUGCCCUCAUAGUAGCUACCUUACUGGUGCUGUUCCUGCAAAUUGUAUUAAACACCCGAUUGUCAAGUUUGCCGAGGACAAUGCCAACUUCUCAAUUAGCACAGACGAUCCUUUACUCACUGGAACGACACUAGAUGACGAAUAUCGUUUGCUCCAACAGAAAGGACUGGAGGAUUUCUAUAUUAUUCGAGCACAUUUCAAUGCUGCCCGGUCUUGUUUUUUGCCACCUCAAGAGAAGAAAGAUAUUUUUGACCAUCUGAAAAAGGUUUAUGGUAUAACAGAGGAAUCAAAUUUGCAACCAUUUCAAUAAGAAUUUUCUAACUUUACAGAAAUAGUUGUAUUAAUCUUUUGAAAAAUAAUCAUUAAUGUUUCCAAACAGCUAAAUUAAUAAGUUUUAGGAGAUUUAUGGAGUGUUUAAAAUGACCGUGUCAGUUA